UAUUCACUAAAGCUCUGACGAAGGCCGAUACGUAAGCGUAUUAAAUAUCGGUGAUACUAUCAAGAGCAGUUUCCUUUUUCCUACAUCAACAGAUAAUGUCUUUGGCUCGGGUGUUUUUCCGUUUACAUGGCUAUUUGCAACCCAUUUCGAAAAUACAGGCUCCUUUGGUCUCCCGACUCAUACGGACCCAGAAUGAAGUGAGGUAUUGGCAGUAUACUGCUGCUCCACAGUCGACGAGUUGUCACUGGCAACUUCAGGAAGAAUGCCUUGAGCUCAGCUAUGGAGGACUUGUGAUGCACUUUGACUAUGUGUGGCUACGGGAUCAUUGCCGCUCUGCCUCCUGCUACAACAGCAAGACCAACCAGAGGAACCUAGAUACAUCACAUGUGGAGCUGAACAUAUGUCCUGCCAACACCAGGGUGGAUGAUGAGAAUCUCUUCCUCACAUGGCCCGAUGGUCAUGUGACAAAGUACAGCCUGAGUUGGCUGGCUCAGAACAGCUAUGAGGGACAGAAGCAGAGUGCCAUGCAGCCACGCAUCAUCUGGAACUCUGACAUCUAUGCCAAUGCCAAGGUGCCCUCUGCCAAUUGGGACAAGUUUAUGACCUGUGAUGAUGAACUGAAGAAGUUCCUCAGAAACUUUCUGCUGUAUGGCAUUGCUUUUGUGGAGGGUGUCCCACCAACUGUUGAGGCCACAGAGACGGUUACCCAGAGAGUCAGCCUCAUCAGGGAGACUAUGUAUGGCAAGAUGUGGAACUUCACUUCAGAUUUCUCCCGAGGAGACACUGCCUACACCAAACUGGCCCUGGACCGUCACACAGACACCUCAUACUUCCAGGAACCUUGUGGGAUCCAAGUGUUCCAUUGCCUUAAACAUGAGGGAACGGGAGGAAGAACACUACUCGUGGAUGGAUUCUAUUCUGCAGACCAAGUGCUCCAGAAGACACCUGACAACUUUGAGCUGCUAGCACGGGUGCCUAUCAAGCAUGAGUACAUUGAAAAUGUCAGCGACCACCGCAACCACAUGAUAGGCAUUGGCCCUGUGCUCAACGUGUAUCCCUGGAACAAUGAGGUGUUCAUGAUCCGAUACAAUAACUACGACCGGGCAGUCAUAAACACUAUCCCCCAUGACGUUGUCAAGCGAUGGUAUGUGGCUCACAGAGAGUUGACCACAGAGAUGAGGAAGCCAGAGAAUGAGUUGUGGGUCAAACUGAAGCCUGGAAAGGUUCUCUUCAUUGAUAACUGGCGUGUCAUGCAUGGUCGGGAGUCCUUCACAGGCCUGCGGCAACUGUGUGGCUGCUACCUGACCAGAGACGACGCCUUGAACACUGCCCGCUCCCUGGGUCUGCAGGCCUGAGUGAAGAGUCUCCAACACUUCCAGCCAAAAGCUCCAGUAUUUUGAAGAUAAAAGCUGUAGCCCUGCUUCUUCAGAAUACAAUAUUAUCAAAUCAAAAAAAAAAAUCACAGGUGCCGAAUACAACAAGCCCUUAAC